GAUGACUCCAGCGAGGAACACUGUACCAUCUGCCUGCAAAGAAUCAUAGACAAGGCCCUCCUGUUGUGCUCCCACGACGCAUUUGUUAUGAGUGCAUGAUGAUAUGGCUGAAACAGUCACGACGCUGCCCUCUGUGUACCGCCGAGAUAGGGCCAUACAUCAUACAUGGAAUCCGGUCAAAGUUUGACUACCAGAAACAUUUCCUCCCGCCUCUGCGCAGAUCACCCUCACCCCAAACUUCCCACACGCCACGCGGUUCUGACACAACACAGUUCCGUCGACGUCGCCGAACCGAAGUGUCGUGGGGUGUAGCAUCAUCCACACGCCAGGACUUGGAAAACACUCGAGAUGAACUUGGGCGAGCUAUUGAGCGAAGAAGGCAUGUAUAUCGUAAUCGAUUAUUUGCCAAACACAUUGCGUCGAAUGCGUUUACCAAAUUCAGGCCUUAUCCCACGCCAUCUCAAAUAGCAUCGUCCGACGAAUUACAGAGCCGUGCUACUGCCUUCAUUCGUCGAGAAUUACGGAUAUGGCCGAAUUUGGACGUCGAGUUUUUUACCCAGUUCGUUCUUUCACUUCUUCGUCGACUAGAUAUUCGAUCAGAGCCUGCAGUUCGUGCACUUGCAGAAUUCUUGGACCUCAGUGGAAAAUCCUACACGCCAGGUGCAGCAGUUCAUAAUGCGGAGCAUUUUGCUCAUGAACUAUAUUCCUAUCUCCGUUCGCCAUUUAAGGAGCUCACUGCUUAUGACCGCUAUGUUCAGUAUGAUGAAACUAUCUCCCUGUCAUCAGUCCCCCAACAAGAUGGAAGAAUCAGCGUUCAGGCGCUUUGGAUCCAUCAUCGCUAAGUUCCCCCUCGAGCUCAACAGCCCCUAGCUCCUCCCGGGGCAAUGAAGGGCAAUUGCAGGUGCAUCCGGAGCCCCAACGGAGAAGCCUCCAAUCUCCGUAUGAUAUGUUGGGGCAUGGAUCUCCUGUGCGAUUACCAACCCAAUUUUCAAGCGCACCAGAAUCAGUCCACAGUGUUUCCCUCCCCGGCGAGAGCCACCCGUCAGAUGGGGCGUCUCGCAAGGACGGAUCGCAUUCAUACAACCAUUCUGCGUCACCCAGAGGAUUGGUUUCAGUUUCGAGAAGAGGCCAAUCUCGGCACAGUACGAGCCCAUUGCGACGCCAAACCAGGAGCUUGUCAAGGGGGGGGAGCAACAAUAUGCAAUCGCCAGGUUUCAGGCAGCGUCAUUCAACUUCUCCGGGGGGUUACGUAUUCGGAAGCAGAAGAGAGAGAUCUGGGGUUCGUCCCUCU